CGGUACGGAACCGGUCAAGGCCGCGAAGCGGAUAUGAAGAGGAGGAAGCCUGUCUAGAAAGGCUAGCUGAAUGGUGAAAGGAAGCUCUUGAGUCUUGGCAGAGAACUUCUGAGAAGCGAAUCUUGCAGCAAGAAGAAGAAGACGAGGGCUCUCUUCUGCUUGCUUAGAAGAACAGUAAGAAGGACAGACAGCUUUACGACAGCCUAGGGACACCAUGGCUUCCUCUGUGCUUGCAGUGUCGUCGUCAUGCGCCGCGAGCGCCUUUGUUGGCCAGAGGCUGAGCUCAGCGCAGCCUGCAGUCAACAGCAGAGCCCCAGCCCUCCCCUGCAGGCGCCAGGUUUCCCGGCGGGCGGGCGCUGCUCGGGCCAAGUAUGGUGACGAGUCGGUGUACUUUGACCUGAAGGAUCUCCCCAACACCACCGGGUCAUGGGACCUGUACGGAGUGGACCAAAAGGACCGGUACAACAAGAUGCAGAGCAAGGUCUUCGAAAUUGUUGUUACCCCCUUCACGAAGCGCGGGCUCCUCGCAAAGUUCCUCCUUCUAGGAGGAGCCGCCCAGCUGAUCGGUGCCUCCAUCAACUCCCCCAACAACUUGCUGCCCAUCAAGACUGGCCCGCUGCAGCCCUCCACGCCUGGCCCCCGGGGCAGGCUCUAGAUGCACAGCCACAAGACAAUAACUUGAAGUUUUUCAGUCACUGCCCGGUCGCAUAUGAUUCUUCAAAGUAUGGCAUACACUGUACCCAAGUGUUGACAAGUGCAUUGUACAUUUGUUAGUAGAUUCGUUGUGGAUGUUGCUUUUGUAUUCAAGCUGUCAACAUGGCAUCACGUCAACUGCAUGCGGAACGCUCUCAAUGGCCAUGGCUUUCAAACUCGUAUUCGUUACUUUUUAGCUCAACGGGCUUGGCUCGGACAGGGACGGUCAAGGCCGCACACUCAGUAGCUUGCAUGGACACUGCACCGUAAGCUGUCAAGUUGGACCUGCG